UCAUGUCAAACGUCUACUCACCUUUUGAGCGGGUUUUACUUUCUGGAUUCCUUCUUGCAAAACGAAGCAUUCGUUUUACUGUAGUGAAAAAAGUGUUUUUUGUCAAUUUGUGCCCAAAAAAAACAGAGAAAACUAGUUAGUCUAAAUUUUAUUUUUCAACAAAUUCUUGCGCGUGGGAUCGAUCAAAGAACAGUAGGCUCAUACUAGGAAACCACCACCUUCCCCUCGUCAUUGCAGUAGCUAAUAAUCAGAAUAUCACCUACACUGAUCAAACUGGAAGGAAAAGACCCAAAAAGCUGCAAUAGCAGCAGUGGUGGUGGCGGUAACGGAAAUACCAACUCCAGAAACCGGAAGAUGGCACCGAAAAAACGGGAGAAGGAUAUUGAAGUGCUCAAACAACCGAAAAUUGACCAUCUUCAGACAGACCACGAACUUUUUAUGCAGGCUUUUGAAAAGCCUACUCAGAUUUACCGCUACCUGCGAACGCGUAAUAUGAUAUCGCCUAUUUUCCUAAAUCGCAAUUUAUCCUACAUGCGGCAUCGAAUGUCCCGAUCACACAAAUCGCGUAAUACAUUCAAAAUCGACACCAUGCUAGCUCAAAAAAUGAAUAAGAUGCGCAACGACAAGGCGAGUGGAAUUUCGCUAACAGGUGAAUAUCUGACCUUGCUGUUUUUAGGAUUCUUCGACAAAACGCAGGAUGACGAUAUAGCGAACGGCAUCAAAAGCAAAAUAGAACCCUCUGAAAUUUGUUCAAAAACCGUACAAGUUGAAACGGUUCUUUUAAAGAUCUCACACAACAAGCGCAAGGAUAUAUCAUCGGCACUGAUGCAGGUCGCCAUUGGAAAAUCCGACGUGACUGUGAAUCCCACCGAGAUGCCUUCUGAUGGAAAGGUACCGACUAUAAGCAUAGCAACUGAAUCGUUUAGUUCUGUGGGAGUAAAUCAGGUGACGGGACCACAGUUGUCUUUCCUUCUACUGUUCAGGGUACAUAUGCAUACCAGUGGGGGCAAUGGAUAUUGCGCUAUUGCUAAUAGUAUCGAUGCGUACGACAAUGGUGGAAGCGACGAAGAACCUGCUGCCAAACGACAAAAAAUCAGCGGCACAACCAAACUGUUUGGCACGGAGCUGAUCAUAUUUGAUAAGUAUGGAAGAUGCUUACUGAAGGAAGGCGAUUAUGAGCUUACAGUACAGGAGAUUCUUCCGCAGCAACAGCAGCUGCAAAAAUACAAUUCACCUAAAAAGAAUUCAACGUGGGAAACUAUACAACCCAUCUCCGGUGAUAGGAUGAGCGUAGAUAUAUUGGAUAUAUAUAAGCAGAACAAUGGAGUGGAUGACCAGAAUCCAGUUUUAGUGUUCAGCAAAUCUCCUAGCUUGAAAUUUCGCUUGCAAUGGACCAAAGAGGCUCUACCGGGUCUAGUGGACAGACCACAACCUAUUACAAUCAACUUGAACAAUAAUGAAGGCAAUGAUAAGGAGAAUCACAAACCUGAAAAAUUGACUAGUUCGUCGUUCAAAAAGAACCUCAAUAUCAACAUUAACAACAACAGCAUUCUAACUCCUGCGGUAGUAAACGGACAUACAAACAGUGGAUGCUUGGUGGACGGUAACACUACUGCCAUAGUAUCCAUUGGUGCAUUGAACACUACUGCUAGUUCGUGCACUUCAACAACCGAGCUGAAGCGGUAUGCUGACGAACCCAAAAUUGAUCAUAUAAUUUAUCAAUUCGUGUACAACAAUAACUCUCGACAGCAAACGGAAACUAAGUCCGAUUUCCAUUGUCCUUGGUGUAGCUUGGACUGUAGCUCACUUUAUCCGUUACUGAAGCACCUUAAGCUCUGCCAUGCACGUUUCAUGUUCACCUACAUUCCGAUACCAAACGGAGCACGAAUCGACGUUUCUAUCAAUGAACUGUACGAUGGAUCGUAUAAUGGAUCUCCACACGAUUUGCUCGAUACUGUGAGCGCGUUCUCUCGUCGUGGUCCUGUAAGAAGAACCGUAGUCACGAAUUUACUCGUAUGUAGACCGCGUCGUCAGAAGCACAGCUUAGUUGAAUUUAUCGAAUGUGACGAGAACGAAUUUGAUAGCCAGCGACCUUUCAUUACAGGACAUAACAGGAUGUACCAUCAUACAAUGACCUGCUUACCGGUCCACCCGAAGGAGUUGGAUAUAGAUUCAGAAGGCGAAAGUGACCCACUAUGGUUGCAAUACAAGACCAUGCAAAUGAUCGAUGAGUUUACUGACGUGAACGAAGGGGAGAAAGAGCUUAUGAAGAUGUGGAAUUUACAUGUAAUGAAGUAUGGCUAUGUUGGAGACUGUCAGAUACCUGUGGCGUUGGAAAUGUUUAUCGAAUUCCGUGGAAGAGAAUUAUUACGUAAGAAUCUUUAUCGCAAUUUUGUAUUGCAUAUGUCAUCAAUGUUCGAUUUCGGCCUUGUUUCGCCAGAAGCAAUGCAGAAAACGAUCAGAAAACUACAGAAAAUGCUAUUCGAAAAUCCUGAUCUGCAAAGGCAGGUAACUACGACGCGAAAGGAACAAAUGGAAUACUGGACCACGGUGACAGUUCAUAAGCAAGUUCAACCAAAGACGGAAAAAAAUGCGGAUAAAGCCAGCGCGGGCGCUAGCGGAACUUCGUCUACAACACUGCACAAAUCCAGUGCUAGUGGUUCUGGGGUUGAAAAGAAAGUAAAACCUACCAUUACAGCCGCCAAGAACACAGGUCUUCACACGAGCACUGCUUCUUCGAUAGGGGAUAAAACUGCCAUUUCACUAUCCCGUCGCAGAAGCGCUAGUGCAGCGCUUCAUUCCAACUCAUCAUCAGCCAACAACACUGCCAGCAAAGACCCAAUUCAAUCAUCCCACAACUCAUCUCUAUUGUGUCCUUCUAUACACUCCACCAGAAGAUCAUCAAUCGCCAAUAGCUUGGCGGUUUCUAGCAGAAACAGUAGCCGAACGUCGACUAUUACCACCAGAAGGAAAUCACUUUCCGUAGGUACACACCAACAACGCAAACGGUCCAUCAACUGACUUUCAGUCCGUCGAUGGACAGGAUGUUAACGGAGUCGGUGACGAAAACUGCCCGUGCUGUUAUCACUAGACGGAUUCCGUUUACCGUGGAGAGGGUUCUAGUGCUCGACAGAGAAGUUUCAUGCGAUAUCAAAGAACAGUAAUGAUCGUGUGUUAAUGUGAUUCGGAUUUGGAAUAUUGUAUGUGAGUGAGUGAUGUGCGCACUGUGAAUGUAUAUUCAGGGACAAAAAUUGUAAUAUCCGAUAAGGGUGUGUAUUCAUUUUAGAAUAUAACUAGUAGAAACAAAUCUUAGUAGGGUGGAAUCGAAAACACUUCAGGAACGACAGAUUUCUUUUUAUAAUGAUUAACAAUACAGAAACUCAGUUCUAAAUGAACGUUCGCAAUAAGUGAAUCUGAUUGAACUAAAACUGGAUCUCAGGUCACUUGCGAUGUAAAAGUUUUCUGUAUUUCCCGACAGACAUUUUAAUGUAGAAAAAAGAAAGAAAAAAACGUCAUUGAAAGUAAACGUGACACAUACAAAGUCUCAGUGGUCUGUUGAGUUUUAAUGAAAAGUUAUUGUCCUUUGAAUAUCGUUUAAGUUACGUAUAUAUGCUUUUUGGCGAUAGAUCGACAAAUAAAACACAUAGAAGAAAUCUA